AUGGAGAAGCUCGCCGCCGGUGACAUUACCCAGACGUGGCUGGUGUGGUCCUCGACACUCGACGGCCAGAUUGAGUACGACGUGCAUGAGGAUGUGCAGGGAGCAUACGGAGGGGUGUUGUGCUAUUGCCGCCGACGACCACACCCGGCCGCUGGUAAACAUGCUGGCACGGUGGCUCCACCAGUCGCCGAUCUACUCGUGCCGUCUGUGUCCCUCAACGGCGAAUCGCUUGAUGAGCAACCGGAUUACAAAGCCAAAUAUGGCGACCCAUCGAGUCGUAGAUGGCACACUCCUUGCCAACUUGUGUGCUUCCUGGUUGGCUUCUCUCCGCUCCGGUGGCCGUGGCGGGCCGUGUACCCCGGAAAUAGAGGCCUAGGGGUCUCGAUUGCCGACCCAAAAUCCCCCGGUACCCCCACGCGACGUCUCUGUCCCAUCCGCACGAGGAGAAGAGAGGAACCGUCCGUGGAGACGAGCGAGCACGCCGAGCAGGCAGCGGCGGCUGGCGACUCGGCACGCCGCACUCCCUUCCGGCGGCUGUUGCUUGAAGUUCAAGACAGAUCAAGCUCAGCAUGCAAAGAAGAUGGAGAAGCUCAACAACAUCUUUUUGCUCACAUGACUCGUGGGCCUGAUGCUGAUAUCAAUGAAGUUUCAGGGAAGGAACAGGCAGAGCAACAACAAUCGAAGAAAGGACGGGGCAGGAGGAAUUUUGAAUGAUCUUGGACAUUUUUGGGUAUAGAACCAAGAACAUGCUGAAUCUUUCAUGAGUUCAUGAUCAGAGAAACACUCAAUCCUUGACCAGUUUUUUUGCAGUGUGGGAAUAUGACUAGAUAAUCUGUCUGUUCUUAAUCUUAUCUUGUAGCGUAUGUGGCCACACGGCAUUUUGGAGGGCA